CAGAAAUUCACGAGGUUGGAUCGCGCGUUCGCAAUGCUUGCUGACAUCCUUUUCCCCUCCUCACAUCAUCUCCCGUCACCGCGCAUUUCUAUACCGUCUUGCCUCACUUCUCUUUCUUCCCGAAGCGCGCACGCGCGCAUACGAAUUCAGAAGACAUACCUCACCAGCUACAGCAUAGCAGAAUAGAUAUCUAAAGCGCCGCCCAACAUGGUGACAACACGCAGCGGAGAAUCGACCGACGAUGGUACCCCCUCGAAGCCCGUAACUCGCUCCUCUGCGACACGCACAACGACGGCAUCACCAACACCGCCCGCCUCACCUACAACGCGCUCUCGUGCGACCAAAUCACCCGCGCCGACAUCCUACUCUCGCACCCUCCGCUCCUCCACAUCCUCAGGAUCAUGGUCCCACACCCCGUCAAACCUCACCCUUCUCUGGCUCGCCAUCUCCCUCCCACUCGUAAUCUGGGAUGCUGGCUACGUUCUUCUCCGCCCCCAUAGCAUGCCAGGCGGCUACCUCCACAGUCCAAUCUGGAAACCUUACGCGCUCUAUGCCGAAAUCGACUACGUCUACGGUUUUCCCGCGCUAGCGCAGAAGAAUGGUUGGACGGCGACACAGACGUGGUUCAAUGUUUUUGAGACAAUUGGGUAUGCGGUUUAUUUGUAUUGGAUUUUCACAUUUGGAGUGAGAGAUUGGGGCGAGGGAAGAGGUGCGCCUGGGAAGAGGGAGGUGAGAGAGUUGGAGAAAGCUGCUGGUGCUGGGGGCUUUCUGGAGGGAUUGGUAGAGAGGAGAGUAUUGGAUGGGAAGCUGGCGGGACAGGCGGUGGUGUUGGGGUUUAGUGUGGCCAGUUUGACGUUUUUCAAGACGGUCAUGUAUUGGGUCCUCGAGUACUUCAACGAGUUCCAGAACAUUGGACACAAUGACUGGGGGACUUUGAUUCUCAUGUGGAUCAUUCCCAAUGGAGCCUGGCUGAUCGGACCAAGUUACAUGAUGUAUGUCUUUGGCGCCGAGCUUCUAGAAGGGCUGGAGAUUGCUGCAGAAGGGUCGUCGCGAAAGACGAAGUAGCUGCAAUAGCAUCGUGAACAUUUAAUGCUUAAUGAAUUGAUCUGGAUUCAAUGUCUCUUCGCAAAGAGUGGACUGUACGCGCAACUGCAAGUGAAGUAAUCGGACAACAUUGUGUAUACAAAUCCCUCGUCUCAACGACGCUUCAAUUAUUGGUUAGUUACAGCUCUCGAAUUUGUACAACGC